CUUUCUCCGGCCCAAACGUUGAAUGCGUUCAGUUUUGUUCGUAAUAGUGCCACGUUGAUGUAAUAGGCCCUUGACGUGAAUGACAUAAAAAUCGUACUAAAGAAAGUUCAACUCAUGCCGUUAUGGUAGAAAACAGUAGUAUCGUGCAUAAUAGGCUGGCAACCGCAUUUACAAUUUCUACCUCACAGUAAUUUUAUAGCGUUUCGCGUAGUCCGUCGUCAAUAAUUCGCUAAUAUUCGGGCGUGUUCACCGAUUACGAUCAAAUAACUGAAACAAAGUGACCGGUCAGCGCCUCGGUGUUCAGUGAGUCGCACGCGGUCGGCCUGCAGUGAGACGUGUUCGUGCCACCACACCCUCGAGCGCGGUGUGACGGUGUCGGUGCUCUGGGCCGGAGUGUUAUGUGGUCGGGCUAGCGCAGUGUCGUGCAGUGUGCGUGCGGGAGCAUUGAUGGGCUGCAGGGGCUGGCGCAGCGCGGCGGAGCGGCCGCUGCGGCGACACCUCGUUUGCCGGAAGGACGCCUCAACUCGCCACACUGGAACUAAUGGAAUUAGAGAACAUCGUCGCCAACACAGUCUAUUUGAAGGCCAGAGAAGGUGGCUCCGAUAGCAACAAGGGCAAGAGCAAGAAGUGGCGCAAGAUCCUCCAGUUCCCUCACAUAUCACAAUGCUUAGAUAUAAAAACAAAAAUAGAUGUAGGUUACGACUACGUGGUGGACCAGCAGCCGAUCGGCAAGCUGCUGUUCCGGCAGUUCUGCGAGCGCACCAAGCCGCAGUACCACAAGUACAACAGCUUCCUCGAUGCGGCGGAGCGGUACGAUGUGGAGAUGGAGGAGACGCGGACGGCGGUGGCCGUGGACGUGUUCCGGCGCUACCUCACCGACGAGGACGGUGAAGCCGUGACGGACGUCGUGGACAAGCAGGCCGUCGACGAUGCCAGCUCGUCGCUCGAAGCUGGCUCAAAAGACAUCUUCAGCACGUGCAUACGAUGCGUGAAGAACUUCCUCGCGGGCACGCCGUUCUCCGAGUUCGAGCGCUCGAUGUACUUCCACCGGUACCUGCAGUGGAAGUGGCUGGAGGCGCAGCCCGUCACGCAGCACACCUUCCGCAUGUACCGCGUGCUCGGCAAGGGCGGCUUCGGCGAGGUGUGCGCCUGCCAGGUGCGCGCAACAGGGAAGAUGUACGCGUGUAAGAAGCUGGAGAAGAAGCGCAUCAAGAAGAGGAAGGGAGAGGCGAUGGUGCUGAUAGAGAAGCAGAUCCUGCAGCGGAUCAACUCGCGCUUCGUCGUCAACCUCGCCUACGCGUACGAGACCAAGGACGCGCUCUGCCUCGUCCUCACCAUCAUGAACGGUGGCGACCUGAAGUUCCACAUCUACAACAUGUGUGGCGCCGACACGGGGCUGGGACUAGAAAGAGCGCGAUUCUACGCCGCGCAAGUAGCGUGCGGGCUCGAGCAUCUACAUAAAAUGGGCAUUGUCUACAGAGAUUGCAAGCCGGAGAACAUCCUGCUGGACGACGCGGGGCACGUGCGCAUCUCGGACCUCGGGCUCGCGGUGGACGUCCCGGACGGCGGCUCCGUCCGCGGCCGCGUCGGCACCGUCGGCUACAUGGCGCCCGAGGUGAUCGACAACGAGCGCUACACGUUCUCGCCGGACUGGUUCUCGUUCGGCUGCCUGCUGUACGAGAUGCUGGAGGGCCGCGCGCCCUUCCGCGCCAGGAAAGAAAAGGUUAAGAGAGAGGAGGUGGAUCGUAGAGUUAAGCACGAGCAGGAGAAGUACUCGAGCAAGUUCAGCGAGUGCGCGCGCGGGCUGUGCGCGGCGCUGCUGGCCAAGAGCGCGGCGGCGCGGCUCGGCUGCGGCGCGGGGCGGCGCGGCGCGGGGCUCGUCAAGCAGCACCGCUUCUUCAGCUCGCUCAACUGGGCGCGGCUCGAGGCCGGCAUGGUCGACGCGCCCUUCGUGCCCGACCCGCACGCGGUGUACGCCAAGGACGUGCUGGACAUCGAGCAGUUCUCGACGGUGAAGGGCGUGGCGCUGGACGCGGGCGACGACACCUUCUACGGCAAGUUCAACACCGGCUCCGUCUCCAUGUCCUGGCAGACCGAGAUGAUCGAGACCGGCUGCUACGCCGAGCUCAACGUCUUCCACCAGGGCUCGGAGCGGGCCUCGCCGCCGCCCGACCUGCAGCUGGCGCCCGCGCCCGCGCCCGCGCCGCAAGACGCCGGCUGCUUCGCCUUCGCCAGGAGGGUAUUGUGUCCCACGAAGAAGGUCCCGGCGCGGCUCCGCGUGGUGCCGGUGCCCGAGCACCUGCUGCAGCCGUCGUCGCCCGCGCCGCAGUCUCCCGCGCACGUUCCUGCAGGUGUUCCCGCCGCUCCCGCUCCCGCUCCCGCUCCCGCCGACGCCCACGCCCCGGCGCAGAGCUGACGGGCCCGCGCCGACCGUUAGCGUGAUGAGCGGCCCCCGCGGUAUUGUAAUACAAAAAUGAGGUUCGAUAACAGAAUGGCUCGAGAGUGAAUCGAACUACGAUUGUCGUAUUUUGACUCUCGUUUUGAAAGUGGUGAGGGAACGCGAGGAUUUUGUUUUUGUGUUCGACGAUUUCUUUUCGUGGAAUACUCGUGUCGAUUGUCCGCCGAAAUACAUGUUGCGAAUCGUUGUGCCGCCGUUUGCGAGUAUUUUGUGACUCUGGUGUCUUUUGACGACGUUUCGCGGGAAUUGUAUAUAUUUUAUUUAUAAUCGAUUGUUAAUCGGAAACUGAGGGUUUCCGACGCUCCGAUGUUUAAAAGUAAGAAUAAAUGUAUUAUGAUACGGCCAUCCUUGGGCGAUGUACGUACGAUGUAUAUCGAUAAUGGUUGUCGAAGAUUAAAGCGGUAAAACGUACUCGACCGUUUCACCGUUCCGACUCGGCUAAUAUUUCUAUUCGACUAUUGAGUCUAUCGAGUUUUCUAUCGAUUAUCGACUAUGUCGAUUGUCGAUCAUUCCCGAACAUGCGUUUGACAAAAUUGUACAUAAAUGUAUGAAGUUGAACGACUAUGGCCAGUGUACGUAACGCAAAAAGUAAAGGUUCUAAGCGUAGUUCGGGAAUAUAGCUUUUUCGAAUUUUACAUCGUGAAAUGUAUUUGACUUUUGACGAAAAUGUAAAUUUGAUCGAUUUUUAGGAUAUUGAAAACAAAUUGAACCUUUAAAGUAUCUGAUUUGAUGCAUUUGGCGCUGCACCUAGUGCACCUGUCGGGCCCAGCGCGGCUGCGGCGAGAUCAUGAACAAUUUAGUUAUUUGUAAGUAAAUGUUGAUAUUUGCAGUUUCCUCGACUGAUUUUUUGCUUUGUAUUAUUUCGGGACGAGUAUUACGUGAACAAAACAUAUGUAUAAGUGGUAUUUAUGUAGUUAUUUUUUACGCAUAUCUUUGUCGGUGUGAAGUUUGGAACCAUUUUUUUAAUUAGUGACUAAUUUUGCUAAGGUUAUAGUUUACAUGCCGAAUACGUGUAGUCUUCGCACAAAGUUUUUCUAAAAUACAUUUUUGACAAAUAUUUUUGUAGCUUUUUACGGCUGACUUCACACCGACAAAGAAUGUACGGUCGCCAUGAUUUACAUCUUUGAUGUAUGUCGCCGACAAGGUCGUGCUCAGUUAUUUAUGAUCGCAUUGUUUGCUACAUACGUUGGAGAUGUGAGACGUGUAUUAACAUGUAUUCGUCGGCGACUGUACUCCCGCGCUCGACUGUACUCCUGUUGUAUUGGACGUCGGCUCGGUAUUGAAUUUAUAUUAUUUACAUGACUUUUGAAAUGUAUAUUUUUGUAGAGGACGAAUUUAUAUGUUUAGGCUUUUCGGACAUGUUUAUAUAAUGGCUUGCGGAGUAGGUGGGGCGGGGUUAAUGACGCACGGUGACGCGCCGACUUACACCCUACGGUAUAAGGUUCAGAACUCGAGACACUCGAGUGUCUUCGAUAACAAUGUUCCUUAUUAUUUAGAGAUUUGCAAUAAUGAUGGCAGAAUAUUGUAUGAUUUAUAUUUUUUCCCGUUAGAAGUACAAAUAGUAGUCGCUUACGACAACUUUGAACAUGAAUUUAUAAUUUAUGAGGUUAAUAUUUCUGUCAUCACUACUUUGCAUUGUAUCGGCAGAGGAAUUGUACAUGUAUGUACCGUAGAGGACACGCGUCGUGACGUCACCGUCCGGGGGUGGCGUCACUCGAGAUUAUAAUCAGAGCAAUAAUUAUGAAGCGAUAUGUUCGGGGUCAUUCCACAGGUACCUUGUCGCGGGAUCGUCACUUCGCGGUGUAAAUGUGUCAAAUUUGUAAAUUGACAGGGUACUCAUGUCAUCUGACACGACAGAUGGAAACGUAAGACUUAUGUUUGUAAAGUUAGUGUCAGAUGUUUCCGAAGUCGUGUCAGAUAUGGCGAGUGACAGGGGUUCGGUGUAUUAUAAAUAUUAUUAAACUUAACUCUGUAUAGUUGUAAAAUACGUAUCUGUACGCGGCUGUGGGUCGAGAUUUGAAAUAAUUAAAUGUUAAUUUAUCGCUCAAAACCGCACACACUUUCCGAGUGAAGAAAAACAUGAUACAUGUUUAAUUUUAUUUUAAAGUUAUAUAUAAUGCAUACGAGUAUUUCCUAUUUUUAUUAAAAAAAUACCUCUAUAGUAGUUGCCAAAAGCAAAUAUUGUUACUUUUCAAUUUAGAUGGCGGAAACUUGUGUCUACUCGGGCUACCCGGCCGCUGCCCACAGUCCCACGUAUUGCACAAAGUUUUGGAACCGUUUACCGCUGAUAUUGAGGGCGCCACUGUGCCGAGUUCGUGUAUAGAUAAGUAUUGAUUGUGUGUUGUGUCGGUUGUGUGUCCGGUGACUGGGGACGAGCGAUGGCGGUUACAUUAGCAUUAUUUUAAACAUUGGUUGAUAUGAAAUAUUAAAAUAAAAUUAUCCCUGCUGGUGUAUUUAAUGGGGCUUUCAAGUAAAAUAUAGUUUUCAAUGAAAAAAAAUUACACUGCUUUAAAAGUUUAAUUCAUUGAAAAUAAUUGAUGAUUCUGUAAAUUUAUAAGUUAUUGAUUGUGUACGUCUUAAGGUACUCGUUCUGUUACUUCUGUUAUUAGGUUACUCCGAUAUAACUAUCAUUUUUUUGUAUAAGUGUGGCCGUCGUCGCUUCUAGCUCACAAAGUCGAAAAGUAUUGCCAUAGCGUAGGUCACCUAGCGGUACCACUAGCGGGCGACAAUGGGUCAGUAGGAAAACUUACAUAUUAUAGAAAAACCUUCGUUGAUAAAGCACUUGACUAAUAAGACCUCUAGCCACGAGGGCAUAAGGCUAUCGAAAGUUUUCAAAUGUAGUGUUGAAAUAUUCUGAGAAAAAAAUGCUUUUGCAAACUUCCUCAUUGAAUAUUUCAAGAAAUUUCGACUCAUUUUUACAUGUUUUGUAUUGACCCUUCGUCGUUCGCUGGUGGGGGAAAUGGGAUAGUUCCUAGGAGCUUCAGCUAGUCUCACCGCUAGACCCGCCUCGCGAGUCGCGCCCGGACUCGACCCGCGAGGCGGGACCGCAGGGCAACUAAAUUUAACACGUCAGUUGGCUUGAAUAACGUUUCAAACGAAUUCUUUUGGGAUUCAAAUUCAAUUUUCAUUCACAAGGACUUUCGAUCCUAGUAAGAAGGAAAGUGACCCAAAUUCAUAGAUUUUUUCCCGCAUGGGAUUAUCGUCGCACUUUGACAAAUAAUUUAGACAAACAUUGUGGUUUUAUAAAUAAAUAUACCUAUUUGUAAUGGAGAUUCACACUAACAGGUAGGGAAAAUAACCAUUUUUUGACAUGCCUAAGUUUUAUUUGAAUAUCGAUUGACGUGUUAAAUAUUAGUCCGUUGCCCUGCUCGCGGCGAUUGCAGUCAGGUGUCGGUGUUCGCUAACUCGAGCAUUUACCCUUCACCGAGUUUUGUAACAUUUUAUAUUAUUGUACUAUUUGUAAUCGUUCAUACCUGUACUAUACUCAUCGGCUGCAUUUGACUCGGUGUAUCGGCUGGUCGGACAUUGGGUGAAUCGUCAACAAAAUAUUGUAAAACAAACUAAGAGAAAAGAAUUUGUGGUAAAUAAAUAAAAUGAAAAUCUAUAUAAUAUUUACAUAUUUUUAGUGUCGCUAUCUACAAUGAUGUAGCUUGCCUCUUUGUAUAAAUAUAUGAACGUUGUUUCUGAUCAAAAUAUGCCCCAUUUCUGGCAUUUUCGAUUGGCAUCUUCAACCAAUUAGUUGUGACUUCCCUACAGACUGAGGUGCCAGUGACUGUUUAUUUUCAGUGCCAGUAAUGGGCAAUGUUGGGACGCUAGCUGGAAGAAUUUCGUUCAUUGACCUGUCUGUUCCUUGUGGGGUCAAUGUACGAUAUUCUUCAUAGUUAGUUACCGUCCUUACCACAUUCACUACCAAACAAGAAAUGGCGCACUACGUCAGAAACCGGUCGUACUGGUAAUUUAUAACCGCUUUUAUGGCGAGUAGCCGCCCAGCGGGUCCUCCGGCAUCUGAGCAAAGUUCACGAGUGCCCACCAGGCGGGUUCUUGGUAGCGAAAGUGUUAAGUUUGCUUGUUUAUCCACGAUUUGUCCAUAGUCCGAUCGGCCUUGAAGAUAUUAGUUGUAUGGUCUUCGUUCGGCUGUAAGUAGCUUUAGUGUAGCGGAUGUUAGCUUGACCUGUUAGUCGUUAUUGCAGUAUUUCCAUGCAAAUAUUAUUAUUUCAUAAGCGUAUUCGUAAAUAUAAAUUGACUCCGAUAUA